AAUCGCUGUGUGAUACGGAUGUGGACUCUACUGAUCCUAUGCGGAAUGGUUAAGUUAUCAGGGCAAGUUCAAUACGAAUUUGUUUUGGAGGACGAAGCGAUAUUUACCAAAUGCAAAAAUGCAAAGCCUGGAACCCUCGAUAUAAAUGGUUUGUACAACAUGACUAAUUACAGUACAAACAUGGUGCCCGAAGGAAUUGAAAUUUCGGGAAAUCUAACAUCUGUAUUUAAUGCCGAGCCAUCGGACCGCAUAGAGGUGCUUGGAAGCCUACUGUACUUUGAUCGAGGAAGCUGGCAACCGACCACACUGAAUAUGGUAGUAAGGGACUUCUGCAAGGUGAUGUAUGAUAAAAACCAACUAUGGUACAAAGCCUGGUCCUCGCAUAUAACAAAUAGCAAGGACAUUGAGAACUAUUGUAUAAAAGUUGUUGGUACCGUAUUCGUAAUGGAAAACUAUACUUUGAGCCUGAUAUUUGGUAGUGGCAUGACAUUAUUAAAUGGGCGGUACACCCUUCAAGUUGAGGCUUACGCGAUUGACAAAUUUUCCAAGAAGCGUCCAGGUGAUGUCUGCUACGAAGUAAUUGGUAGCUUUUAUAAGACCUGA